CGCUGACUAUGCGUGUUAUGCUGCUGCUGCCAGGCAGUGGUUCCCUCAGUAAGCCUUGUACAAGAUGUUGUGAGGAAGGAAAGUCCUAGUUGAGAAGGAGAAUUCGUCCUCCGGUAGCCGAGCCCAAGGUCGAUCCCCAGCAUGGGGUGGAGCAGCCACCAGCAGCUCGUCGUGGCCUACCUGGCCACUGCCCUGGCACUGAGUCAAGGCAUUGCUGGUCCGCAGAAUGUCCGCGUGCUGAACGCCACGAGCAAUUCCGUCACGAUCUCCUGGUCGAGCGUAUCAUUCCCGCCGGGUUUCACGCUGGACUCUUACCCGGUGACGGCACAACCAAUAUUCUCAUACUCUACGAAUGUUGAGCCGUAUGGAGGCACGGCGAGUUCCCAGAAGAAUUCAUUCAUGUUGCUAGGCUUGACAGCUGCGACUCGUUAUAAUAUUUCCAUCUGGGGGGAGACGGCCGACAAGAAUUACACUGAGAAAAGCUUCGUCGAGGCGUGGACCCUGAUAGGAGAUCUGACCGCGCCCCCUCGUCCCGAAACGAAGGAAGUCACAGAGGAUGGGAAACGCCUCAUCAAAGUGAAGAUCAUCCCACCUGAGAACUUCGGGGGCCCGAUAUCGAGGUACCAAAUUGUCGUACUCGAGAGCGACUCCGUGAUGGCUUUCGACCCGUCGAGGUUGAAGGAUUACAACAAAGCCAAUGAGGAGGGCACAACAUACUAUAUCGCUGGCGAGCGAGCCCCGAGCGAUAUCGAUUCAUUCUUCAUCGUGGGAGAUGGGAUAUCAAAUCCGUUGCUCCCAGAGAAUCAGAAAUUCGAUAUAUUGAUUGGAGUCAUCAGCAUGUUGAACGGAGAAACGAAGGCCGUGUACUCCGCUCCGUUGUCCGCCCACGUGUUACAUGGGAAUGUUGUAGACCUCGAAGAACCCAUGGCGCAAUCGAUGCGCCGUCGGGACGCGGUUCUGGUGUUCAUGCUUUCGGUGGCUAUUGGAAUCCUAGGCUUCCUCCUAGUUGCCUCAUUCAUACUUUAUAUUAUACUUAGAAGACAGUACAGCCAGAAGAGGCGUUCUGACGAGCUCAUCCUCAAGAUUCACGACCACGACAACGAUAAUACCUACUUCGGGAAUGGUCAUUUGCAUCUUGAAGAGGGAGCGGACCUCAAUGGCUUCUACAACAAAUUGUGCGAUCUGUACUGGCAGAUACCGAGACCCCAGCUCCAUAUCUCAGAGACGAUGUUGGGCCAGGGUACUUACGGGCCUGUGAGAGUUGGCAAAGUGUUGCGGAACGGCAAAGAGAUCGCGGCGCAGAUACAGAGAUGCGGAGCCCACUUCGCGCUCUCGGAUCGCGAUCGCCGAGUACUUCUGUCUGAUCUCGAGGCCAUGGUGAGGAUCGGGGCGCACCCGAACAUAGUAGAGUUCAUCGGAGGCUGCGAAGAGGGCGACGCUCUGUGGAUGGCCACAGAGCACCCGAACAACCCCCUCAGAGGAAUUCUUCUGUCUAGUCGACAAACUCAGGAGGACAAUCGUGUCUGCUCGAUACCGGACUAUCGACUCAUGGAGAUGGCAAUCUCAUUGGCCGACGGUUUGAAACACUUGGCCCAUCGCGGAGUGACCCACGGUCAUUUAUCCACGAGGAGCGUUAUGGUGGUGCUACCCGAUAUGGUUCCAAAGAUAUCGAACUUCUGUAUCGCCAGGUAUACCCCACUUGGGAAAAGAUUGGACUACACCAGAUGGACUGCCCCGGAAGCCAUGCGCCGACGCGUGACUCACAAGGGGGAUGUAUGGUCUUUUGGGGUCCUUCUUUGGGAGCUAUUCACGCUGGGUGGGACUCCCUUCGUGGACAUCAAAUUGAACGACGUGCAAACGAAAUUAUCCCGAGGCCAUCGGUUGAGUCAGCCUCGCGGAGUCGACACGAGUCUGUUCCAACUGAUGCUCCAUUGCUGGGAAAUGGAUCCGGAUGAGCGACCAACUUUUGAGGACCUUGCCAGGGACCUCCGCAACGUUGCAUCAGAAGAUCCCUUGAGGCUGCCCAAGCAGACCAAAUACAUUUACGAUAAAUUUGAUCCUCUGGCGGACGAAUUGUAGUUUGCACCCUGUGAUCAGAAUGCAAAACGAACUUCUGGGAGGAAUCCGUACCUCGCACCCUUCCUCAAUAAGUUCAACUCGUUCGCCGCGGGGAGAUUUUUUCCGGCGUAUGACACGCCGCGGCCUGCUAGACUCUCAUCAGAUAGGUCGGUAUGAGGGAUUCACCUCCGAGGUUGGCGUGUCAGGAACGCCGGGAGUCACUGUCUUGGACCAAUAUGGGAUUUGGAAGCUGGGACGAAUCUCAAACAUUCCUCGGAUCUUCCUU